AUGGGCGCCGCCCCUACACCCCAACAGCCACAACGCCCAAAGUCGAGUCUUGUCGAGCUUCGAGUCACCGGCUGGACCGCCGAGGACGACGUCCCACGUAUCGUUCAGUUUCUCAAUCGGCACGCAUCCAAGCGGAAAGGUGGUCCAAGGCAAACUGGUGGCCCAGCGUCGCUUGCCCCUAACCUGAUCAAGUCUUCUCGAACCGCAGAUGGCGUACUCAUCAUUCGUGUUCGACAAGACGACGUGCCCGCCUUUGGAAAGAUCAACAACUUCCAAUUCACAUCAACCAACGGCUCACAGAAGCUCGCAAUAUCAGGUCCCGGAAUCCGCGCAAGUGAGAAGGCAGUGGACGCCGAAUCAUCUACCCUAGACAAAGCCGCGAAGGAUGCGUCCACCGGUAAAGAAGGGCUCAUGGAGCUUCUCAAGGGGUUCCUCGAACGGAGAUAUGACCCGUCCCAGAAGAUGUUGAAUCUCUCGAACAUCGCCAGCGAUGAACAAAUAUCGGAGAUUGGCAUGUUCACCACCACAUCAAGGCGCGCGAAGUUCAUGCCCGCCCUCAUGGUCGCUGUGGACAAGGCACUACCGACCCGGGCUGCGAAAGCCGAAGCUAUUGUAAGCGUGUCUCUGAGCAACAACGGACUUCCCGACCUAUCUCUGGUGUCCGAAGUUGCGCGAACACUUCCUGAUAUCAAGAAUCUCGACCUGUCAGGGAACGAACUUUCGGAUCCCUCCGCAUUGGGUCCCUUCAAAUCGAGACUGCGGAAUCUCGGCGAGAUUGUCCUAGCCGGUAACCCCCUUCAAUCCCAAGAGGGUUGGCAAGACAAAGUCACGAAGUUCUUCCCCCGAUUACGUCUACUGGACGGGGUUCAGGUGCGCACGGAAGCCCAGAUUGCGCGUCUGGAUCAACCCAAGGAAGUCCCGAUGCCUUCAGCAUCUAACUUAUGGAUCGACCCGCAGGGGGUUGCACAAGCAUUUGUCCUCGAUUUCAUCAAACUCUUCGAUGAAGAUCGCACCACGCUAAUACAACGGUGGUAUGAUGGCGAAUCCACCUUCCAAGUCAACGUCAAUGCCCGAGCACGCGGCGGCGCAGGCAGCUCACACGACAGGACACCAUGGGACUCGUACCUCCAGCAGAGCCGAAAUAUUCGUAUCAUCCGCAACAAGCGGGCACGAUAUUCCCGAAAGGCCAAAGGCCCGUCCCAGAUUUCCGAAGCCUUCGCCAAGAUCCCACCAACGAGGCAUCCGUUGCUGGAAUCCGACGCAUACAACUUGUCCUGCAUUCCCCAGCCGAACUGCCCGGAUCCGACAGGCCAAUCCGUAGUGGGAGUCACAGGCUGCCUUAUCAAUCUCCAGUCACAAUAUGAGGAACAUCGAACCGCGAAGGGAGCCGACCAAAUUGUUCGCCGCGCCUUCGAACGUACCAUCGUCCUCGCUCCCGGUGGCCCUUCGGGCUGGCGCAUCAUCUCCGACCUUCUAUCCCUGCAUGCCGGCGGUGGCACCCCAGCGUGGAUUCCUCAAACCACCAUCAACCCCAUUGAGACUCCGGUUCCCGCUCCCGUCCCAGCUGGCGCAGCGCCUGCUGCCCUCCCAUUAGGGCUCACUCCAGAGCAGCAGGCGAUUGUGAUGCAGGUACAGGCUGAUACGAGGCUCAAGGCGGACGUUGCCGUCGAUCUCUUGACGCAUGCCAAUUGGGACAUCUCGGCUGCAGCGGCCUUGUUCCAGGAACGGCUUCACUUGAUUCCGCCGGAGUCGUUUGAGGGCCCUGCGCCUGUGGUUAAUGGGGGCAAUUUAUGAUAUCCAUACCGAUGGUUCUGGAUGGGACGAAGGAUAUUUUUGAAGGGUCACAUGUUCGGGAAGGGAUGUCACUUCGAUUUGCCAGGGAGAAGUGAUCACAUUGAGUCUACUUUUGAACGACGGGAAGGACGAGGGGGGAUUGCACUGAACGCACAUGGUUCAAUGACAUGAUUCUGGGCAAAUCUCCGAGACCUGGUUUUGGUCGGCGUGGAUUGUGCAUCAUAAACAUCACACCAAUACUCGUUUCAACGAACGAGAAUCUCAAUUUGGGAUACCGGGGCUUGGAAAAGGGGCUCUGAGAGAGCGGUACAGGGUGCUGCAUCAGUGUGUACUGCCUGUCGGUGCAUUUCUGCUAGAAGAGCGCAUAUGACGCGAAGAACUGUGGAUAUUAUUAUUAUCAAUGAAACUUCGGAGGCAUCAGGUCUCUGGC